GUUGUGGCUGACAUAAAUAAUAUUCAAGUCAUUUCAGUUCCUCUGACAGAAGAGUUCCAUUUGCGAGUUGACGAGGUUCUGGAUGCAGUAACUCCACAAACCCAUGUGAUCUUUUUAUGUUCCCCAAACAACCCAACAGGCAACACACUGGAAACGGACAGGAUUAUAGGGCUUCUUGAAAGAUUUGAAGGAAUAGUGGUGGUUGAUGAAGCAUAUGUUGAUUUCAGCAAUUCUGGGAGCCUGUGUUAUCUUUUAGACAAGUAUCCACGCUUAAUAAUUCUGCAGACUUUUUCCAAGGCAUUUGGUUUGGCUGGAAUAAGGUUUGGAAUGGCAAUUGCUCAUGAAGACAUCAUUGCAAUAUUCAACAAAGUGAAAUUUCCCUACAACAUCAGUAAACUCACUGCCCCUAUAGUUCACAAAGCACUCGAUAAUGUACACCUUAUGGAGGCUAAUGUGAAGAGCUUUGCUGAACAGAAAAAAAGGAUUAUUGAAGAGCUGGGGAAACUUCCAACAGUGAGAAAGGUAACUGGUGAAGUUGUUACAAGGAUAUGUAUCCCACUUGAAUUUUCUGAAGCAAAUACAUACUAUCAUAUCUACAGCAGUAUGUGUGUCUGUCAUUUAGAUUAAUAACCCUUAACGUCC